ACUUCUGUUUUUUUCUGUUCGCAAGAUUGGACCGUUAUUUUUCACUCGUUUGGUUUCUUUUCUCGUGAUAUAAGUUAAGACUUGACAAGUAAUUAAAUUUAAUAAGGGCCUUGAAAUACCUCCUCGGAACUUCAGAAAGCCACUGAGAUUAAACACGAUGAGUGAUAACGAAGUACCCUGUGAUAUUUUAAUCAAUCUAAACGCCUCGGACGAGUUCCGCAUUCCUGAAGCUCCAAAAGCUAAACCAACUCCACCUGCUGCUGAAUUUGAUGGGUGUCAUAGGUCAGCUCUUCUGCAAGGAAGACCAUUGCUAUUUGAUGAUGGAAGAGAGUCUCUGGGAAUCUUACCACAAUUUAAAUUGCUACUGGGCAACAAAACGAGCCAUCAAUUUGAGUAUAAUACUUCUGAUCCAUUCAAUACAAGCUCAAGUAGUUUCUUUGAUCCAUUCAUCAAUAGUGGAAGGCCAUCUUUAUUGUAUGAUGGAAGGGAAUCAUUGGGCAUACUUCCUCAAUGUAAAAAUAUUUUACUACCACAUGUAGAAUCACAAGCUGAACUUGAGUGUUGGUUGAAGAGUCCCACACAACCCAAAAUUAAAGCAGAAAAUCUUUUACAAAAGUUUCAAAAGGAUUGUGAAGCAAUAGAAAAUGGAGAUUUCCAACCUGAUUUGGCAGAUAUAACUGAUGAGGAGAAUUACUCUGUGUAUGUGGAGGCAAAUUUUCUAGCAUCCAAAUUAGCAGACAAUUCAAUUCUGGAUAUCUCUCAAGAAGGAGGUUCUAUUCUGGAUAGAACACCUCAACCCGACUUUGUCGAGGACGGCGACUCUCUGAACCAAUCCGACAAGAAAGUGGACACCGAAAGUGUUUACAAACAAGUCGACCUUAUGUUGCCUCCAGCCGCAGUUGAUAAUUCAGGAAAUCCAGACCACGAUUUACCGGCUAUCAUAUCGGAUACGGCUCGUCAAAUUAAUAAUCGCUCCGAUCUACUGGAACAUUUAUCCUUCCUUGCUAGACAGUUGGAGGAUAAUCCACGACUGAGUGAAAUCAUGCAGAACGCCAUCAAGCAAAUAUCGGAUUUGAAUGAAUCGCAAGAUGCGCUGCAGCAGCCGUUAAGCAGUGUAGACGAGGAGGACUCUGGUCAUUCAUCUACUGAAAACGAGAAGGAGUUGCGUGCCUGCCAUGUUGCUCUUGAUUUAAGUAUAAACGCACACAGUUCAGAGAGCGCACAUGCAUUGGAUUUGUCUUUUUCGAAAGGGGAUGUGCCGAAACGUCUCUCAAUUACAUUCUCGCAUAAGGACGAUGCGGGCCUCCCCGAUAAACAACCGUCCAACAAGCUGAAACAACAGACCAUGCAUAUGCGACAGUUGUGGGGCAAAGUCAACACGACAGCAGCUGCGGUAUCUAGCGAUGGGAGUACCGUGAAUAACGAAUCGAAGGCUUCUUCCACGGGAUCUAUGCGCGUAAAACUCAAGCCAAAAAAAUCGGAGCCGCAGGAUCUAAAGCGAGGACCUUUGAAGGCAGUGGUGCCGCUUACCUCACUGAACACGUCCUUAACAAUGGACUGCGUUGCUUCCAACCGUACGUUGCCUACGCGACGCACCCCCAGGGCCAAUUUCACUCCAAUGGCUCGUUCGACUCCAGAAGAGCUCGGCGGAUUAGCGGAUAGACGAAAACAACCACAGCCAGGCACACCGGCAGGUCGUCCUGGCAAAAGCAUACGUGUGUCGGCGCGAGAAAAGUACGGUACCCCGCCAACCAGGUGCGAAAAGACACUGACGCGGGGGAAAUCAUCUACCAAUUUGACUCCGCAUGCAGCCGAAGCCAGUACGAAGCCAGUGUUGAGGCGGUGCUUUAGUUUGGGUGGUAAGGAAAAUUUAAGCACUCAGCAAAAUCAUAAGUCUUCCCCGGGCGGACGCACCAAUGUAGUAUCAUUUAGCAAACUUCCACAAAAGGUAAUGGGCAUUAAGAAACUCUAAUACACACCCUGGUCACGCUAAAAUUAAGUAAAUGGCUGGUCCGAUUUGCGACACCACCUGCGACUGGACUGCGACAACGCCUCCUUUCGAAACUUUGACCAAUCAAAUUAUGUCCACGUUAAAUAAACUAACUUUGUAUACUUUUA